AUUAGCCCAUCGUUCAUCCAACCUCCACUCAAAGGUUGCCGACCAUUAUGUUCGGUUAGAAUUUAUUCCAGUACAAUCUCGUCGGGACUAAUGAGACCGGUAAAUGUACUCAGUUUUAUCCGUGUUUGCCUGUGGUGGGUGUUUUAUAUGGAUCAGUUAAACUGGGGAACGGGAACUAAGGCAGCAAGUAAACAAUUGAUUGCUGAAGUUCCUGGUGAUAUUAUGCUCGGCGGUUUGUUUCCAGUACACACUUCGGGUACCACAAUGUGCAAUGCCAUUAAUCCUGAGCGGGGAAUUCAACGCGUCGAAGCUAUGCUGUUCACCAUAGAUGAGAUCAACAACAAAAGUGAAUUACUUCCCGGCAUCCGACUCGGGGCCACUAUACGGGACACGUGUUCAGCCACAAAUUUCGGAUUGGAACAGGCAUUGCAGUUCGUUCAGAGCGGUUCGAAAUGCGAUCAUGUGAAAUGGGGUCAGAACUCGCAACAUCAACAACAACAACAACCGGUCAAUUUGGUCACACGUGGUGUGGUUGGAAGUUCGUACAGUUCGGUAACCAUCUUGGUUGCCAAUUUGUUCCGACUGUUUUCGAUUCCACAAAUCUCUUACGCUUCCACAAGUGCGGUUCUGAGUGACAAACGAGCAUUCCCGUUGUUUGCGCGAACUGUACCGUCAGAUGUGGUCCAGGCCCGAGCAAUGGCAAAUCUGGUAUCAGCACACAACUGGACCUAUGUUUCAACUGUUCGUAGUGCUGGAGACUACGGUGAUUCCGGAAUGGAUGCGUUUUGGAAAGAGGCGGAUAAACUGGGAGUAUGUAUCGCGGCACGUGAAGUGAUACGUCCCAACUACGGAACUGAUGAGUUGGAUGCAAUUGUCCAUGUUUUGCGUCACGACUUUGCCAAAGCUCGUGUAGUCGUACUUUUCACGGGAAUGGAUCACACCAAAUUGCUAUUAGACGCAGUACGAAGAGCUGGUUUGAAUGAUCACUUUGUUUGGAUUGCCAGUGAUGGAUGGGGUCGAGAGAACCUACCCGUAUCAAACAAUUCGCGCGUGGCGAACGGAGCACUCACAAUUGAGAUCCAGUCGAAACCGGUUGCAGCAUUCACAGAUCAUUACCUGAAUUUGGGUUACAACAACCCAAGAAAUCCAUGGUUCAAAGAGUAUUGGGAAGAUCUGUUUGGCUGUACAUUCGGGGACACAUUAAGAGUUAGAAGAUCCACCUCGGAAAAAAACAAGCUGCGUCUGCGCGAUAAAAUUGGAUCCGAUUUCAAACAAGAGGCAAAAAUCCAAUUCGUCUAUGAUGCAGUUUAUGCGUUCGCUUCGGGAUUACACAUGCUGCAGAGACAACUAUGUGUCGGCAACCCGCAUAGUCCAAACUGGGACAAAUACGGUUGCAUAGCAAAAUUGCUCAACUAUUCCGGAAUGGAUUUUUACAAAUUGAUGAUCAAAGCAAAUUUUACUUCAUUGUAUGUUUACAGGUAUGAUGUCUCAACUAUAUUUUUCCUUUUAGGGUGCGUGUUUCAUUGUUACCUCUUAGCAUUUUAUUGUAUCUUCAUCCAUUCGUUUUGGCCGGCUUUUACUAAGUCGCCGUUCGGUGUAUGCCAAAUAAAGAACAGCUAA